GCCAGAUAGACGAAAAUCUCUUCACCCUAAUCUAGACUAAUUCAAAUUACCCUUUUAUUCUGCCCAUAUGGGAGUCCACGAGAUACCCUGCCUCACUGUAACCUCCAGCUGUACGGACACAGCAGUGACACCAUGGCUUCUUCAAGGGGUCCUGGUGGAAGUAAAGCGGCUAGGUUGUUGAGCGUGCUGAACCCCUUGACAUGGAGACAACGCCUCGAACUGGACACUCGAAGCUUCCUUAUCAUGUUAAAAGGUGCUUUGCCACCCACGAUCGUGAUCGCGAUUUAUCAGAGUAGCGCUAUAGCAGACAUUACCACGACGAUCGGUUACCUGUCAGCCCUGAUAUCGGUGCUGUCACAGGCACUCACCCCCCGAGCCAAGUUCAUGCGGAUCAUGUUUUUUGACCUCCUAUCAACAUGUGUAUCGGCGUCUCUCUGCUGUUUAGCAGUCUUUUGUGCGGUACGGGCGAGAGAGCACAACACCCCGGCGGGCGCCAGCGAGACCGUCCGAAACGGUUUCAGUAGCGAUGCCUGUGCUGUAUCCGCCAUAUGGCUGAUCUUCAUGAUCUGGAUCGCUAAUACGAUCCGUGCUUGGCGUCCGAUGGAGCUGCAGGAUCCUAUGGUCGCCUUCUCCAUCUUCUCCUGCGUCACCAUCACCCGCGGGGGUAUGUUUACCACCCUAUCGGAGGGUCUGUCGUUCAUUUCCAGAUUGCUGAAGGGGUUUAUGCUGGGGUUCGCAAUUGCCACCGGGGUUUCUCUCCUAAUACUCCCCAUCACUAGCCGAGGGCAUGUCUUCGACGAUAUCAAGGCCUAUAUCGCGCAAAUUGACACCGUGCUUCAAUCCCAGGUCGCCUUUGUGAAAGGCACGUCGGAGGUCUGGACUAAUAGCCAAGGGCUUCUGAAUAGAACCCGCACGGCUCUGAGUAUGCGGGAUAUGGAGAACAACCCCAGCUCGGAUCUAGAAUCGAAACAGAAAGCUUUGACGGCUUCGAUAACCAAGUUGAACACACUGCACGGAAAGCUACAAUCAGACUUGAUUUACUCGACUGACGAAAUUGCUUGGGGCAAACUGUCAGCAGGCGACCUGAAUAAAGUUGGCAGUCUGCUACGAAGCAUCUUGUUGCCGCUUUCUGGAAUGGCAAUGCUGCCUGAAGUGUUGGAUAUGAUUAUCAAGAACGAAGGGACGCGCCAUGGUAGUCUUGAACCACGAGAUGACGGUGAGGAAGGAUCGGUGAAGAAUUCCGAGAUUCAGAAGGUUGUCGAAACGCUUCACGGCCGCCUCGUGGACGCCUCCCGAUUGGUGACCAUUGGAUUACAAUAUGUCCUACUAGCCUUUGAGCUUGUCAAGAGAAAGCAGAUGGAGGAACAGUGUCUAGGGAACCGCGACGAAGAGGCAGCAGGCGAGAUACUCGCUCCGCUACAGCCGGAUUUUGCGCUGCGGUUUGAGAAGGCUAUGAGGCAAUACUUCUCACGUCGCAAGGAUCUCACGAAAAGUCUAGCAUCUCUUGAGGCAUUUUCCUCAGAGAAGUUAAAUGAUGCUACAUGUCAAGAUGACAUGAGAGCGGUUACCACUGACCCCGAUGUCAAACAGGAAUUUUUCUUAAUUCUGUACAUGGGUCACUUGCAGGAUACCCUGCUGAUGGCGACGCUCGAUCUGAUUCAAUUUGCAGAUAACAAGAUUGAGGAUGGUACCAUGGAACGAAGCCGAUUGAUUCUCCCAAAACUCAACAGCAUCCGAAGAUGGCUUUCUCUUGAUUCCUCGGAGAACUCCAAGACAGCGCCGGAAAGCAGACAAUCCUCACAUGUCGAUCCUUCUCCGGCCUUUGCACAAACUGAAGCAAACAACUUCCCGGACCCCGAACAUCUUCCCCCUGCGAACUGGUUCGAGAAAGGCAGCUUGGUGCUUCGAUACUUGUCACAUUUUAUCCGUUCCGAGCAAAGCCUGUUUGGCUUUCGCGUCGCUGCAGCUGCAUUUAGCGUCGGUAUUCUGGCAUAUCUCCGUCAAACCCAGGAAUUCUUCAUCCACCAAAGAUGCAUCUGGGCCAUGAUCGUCAUUGUGAUCGGAAUGAACCCCACGAGUGGACAGACAAUGUUUGGCUUUGUCGCGCGCAUCGUCGCAACCGCCGUCUCGUUAGUUCUGAGCCUGAUUGUCUGGUAUAUCGUGGAUGAGAAGACUCCGGGUGUUAUUGUAUUCCUCUAUCUCGCCAAUGUCUUCGAGUACUACUUUUAUGUGAAAGUCCCACAAUACUUUGGAGCAUCUGUCAUUGCCAUCGUGACUCUCAAUGUCAUUGUUGGAUACGAAUUACAGGUCCGCAAAUUAGGCGUCGAGGUCGCCACAUCCAAUGGUCAACCCUACUACCCUAUCUAUCUCUUCGGACCCUACAAACUCGCUGCCGUAGCCGCCGGCUGCGCCAUCUCCUUCUUCUGGGUGGUGUUCCCCUAUCCAAUCACCGCCAAAUCGACCCUCCGAAAGUCCAUCGGACAAGGCCUCUACGUGCUGGCCAAAUUCUACAGCUGCAUGCACACAACUAUCGAGCUCUGGCUCACCGGCGAACUCGGCGAAACCGAAGAUGUCCGCUCCGCAUCCUACACCCUUGAACGCUCACGCCACAAAGUCUUUAAAGAAGAGAUGCUCAUGCUCAACAGCCUCCGCAUGCACAGCCAUUUCAGCACUUUUGAGCCUCCUAUCGGCGGCAAAUUCCCCAAACCCACCUACGACCAAAUCAUCUCCCAAAUCCAGCGCAUGCUAACGAGCAUGGCCCUCAUGGCACAUACCACCCAGAACCUGGACGCGUUAUCCACCAGCGACUCCAGCUCCCAGGACCAACACGACAAUGAGGAUGACAAAUGGGUCUCACGUCUCGCGUCGAUUGCUCUUCAAUCCUCCGGUUUCAAGUCCCACAAGAUCACCUCCCUCCUCUGCCAUCUGUCUGCUUCGGUGUUGAAUUCGCAGCCUUUACCGCCAUAUCUAUCAACGGGGGACACAUUUCCUCUCGCCAGGGAAUUGCAGCGUAUCGAUGAGAAACUGUUGAGUAUUCGCCAUGUACAGGACCCGGCUUUCUCGGCGUUCGUUUGUCUCGAAGUCUUGAGGUCGGUGGUUGGUUUUACCCUGGAUGAUCUUCUGUGUAAUGUGAAAAGCUUAGUCGGGGAACUCAGCUUCGAUUUCCACGUCCAGCAUGCCGCCGAGUCUCAGCGCUUGAUGUCUGAAGCAAAUACCCAAGGUGAUUAGAUGGUCUCUUGGCCGUACAAAUAAAAGUAGAUUAUUG